GUGUAUCAAAUCCAGGGAUGUACUUUUAUUUGUUCUUUUUGGAUGGCAUGUUGGCAGGGUUGGACACCAUAUGCUGUGGGUGUCACAGAGGGUCUGCUGUAGGCAGGGUUUGUCCUGUAGUACUUGCAGACAAGUUACAUGAGUGCUGGUGCUUGUUUGUGCAUUGGUGUGAGACAGGGCUUUGUAGGUAUUCCAGAACUUGUUUGAUACUUUGUGCUAAAUCUGUGCAUUUGUUCUGGAAUUUCUCAGAGGUGACCAGCAUAAAAUACAUCUAUGUGACUGAUGGUUUUGUGUCUUCUGAGGCAGACCAUGCUAGCAGGGUGAUUUCCUGGCAGGUACCAGCUACCAACAUACAGGAUCAGCUCAAAGUGACCAGGGAAUUUUGAGAAAAAACCCAGGUAACUGUUAUGAACAAGUUGUGACUUUCAAUGGCUAAUCCUUCUGAUAAGUCUUUCUGUAAAUGCUCUGGAUCUCUUACCAUGUUGUGACACAGCAGGAUUAUUUUAUGAAGAAACUCUGACUCCAUUUCCUGGAGAUAAGAGCAGGUUAUCACUGAAGAGAUGGUUAAACCCCCAUUGGAUACACAAGCAGUUUAAGGUAUUAAUAUUAGUAGGAAAUGUCAAUUCAGUCUAAGAUUUUGUCUAGUCAAGAGAAGAAGCAAGUAAACCAACAUACUUUGCCUACAGUAGAUUUUUUUUUAAAUACUGAGAUAUUCUGCCAAACAGGUGCAAUGAGCUGAUAGGUAUUAUUUCAUAUAGCUGUUUUCCUUCAUAAUUUUAUUCCUUGGAAAGUAGAUCUGUCACAGCAGCUCAUUCAUUCCCUUAUAUUUGUUUAAUUUCCAUGAAACACUUUAUGACAAUUAUAUUUCAGUGUAAGUGGGACUAUUUUUAAGACCGAAAGCAUUUAGCUAUAGAUCAAUAGGCUGUAAAAUAUUAAUAGAAACCACUUAUCCAGAGACUUAAGCUUCCUGAAAGAAGCUGGCACUACAGUUGCCAUGGGUUACAUAUGACCACAGUUCCAAAAAAUGUGCUAAAUUUUCUAGCAAUAAAAUAAAGUUCUUGUUCUCAAGCUUUUUUAUGCCUAAGUCAUCAAGAAAAUAACACAAUGAAGCUUUCUGAUUUGAGAUCUAUAAUAAAUUGCAAACUAUUUUGAUCUUGUGUAAAUACUAGUUGACUUCAGAGGACACAAAAAUAUUUGUAAAUAUUACUACUCUUAAAAGAUGUUUUGUGGGAAUAAUAACUGGACUUCCUGGGCGGAGAGUCCAGAAUAGGCUCAUUUUGUCACUUGUCAUUAGAGAAAGAAUUAAUAUUGUAAUUUUUUUUAAUGUUCAUAUCUUUAUCAUGAACUGCUCCCACUUAUUGUCAUGCACUGUAAGCCUUAUCUCUGGGGUUGAGCAAAGAGCAAAGGUAGCCUCAUUUUGGAGUGAAACCCAGAGAUAAAACAGCAAGGAGGCUUCUGAAAGGCUUCACUUGAUUGUAAUCUAAUUAUAGGAGUACUGACCUGUUACUACUCACAAGCAUGACUGCUGCACUGGAAAUUGUUGGUCUUCUUUUGUGCUUGGGUGGGUGGGCAGUUAUUGGAGCCACUUUGCCAAAUAGUUACUGGAAAGUCUCCACUGUGUAUGGUAGUGUGAUCACCUCGUCUACAUUGUUUGAAAACCUGUGGAAGAGCUGUGCAGAAGACAGCACUGGAGUGUCCAACUGCAAAGAGUUUGACUCUAUGCUGGCACUGCCUGCUCAUAUUCAGGCAUGUCGUGCCCUGAUGAUUUGUUCCAUCCUUCUGGGAUUCCUGGCUACAGUACUCACGCUGCUUGGUUUGAAAUGCACCAACAUUGGGCUGAGUGAUGAGGAGGCAAAAAUGAAGUUUACUGUCACGGGAGGAUUUCUCUAUAUUUUAGGAGGUCUCUGCUCCAUGGUGGCUGUGUCCUGGUAUGCUGCUAUGGUAACUGCUCAGUUUUUUGAUCAACUUUACGCUGGAACCAAGUAUGAACUAGGAGGAGCUCUGUACUUAGGCUGGGCUGGAUCUGUUCUUUAUCUGCUUGGUGGGAUCUUACUGACCUGUUCAUGCAAAGGGAAGAAAAGACAGGAUUACAGUUUCAACAAAUACGCAUAUUCAGCAGCCCAGGGAGCUCAUCAGCCACACAAUUACACCAAAAACUCUGAGACAAUGAUAAGCAACAAGGAGUAUGUCUAAAUUGACCUUUUACAUCACUUACAUUAGCAGGUUAUGAACUCAAAUGAAGAUGUGAACUACUUCCACAGUUGCAGUUCCAGGUUGUGAUCUUGCAUCUUAAUUUGGAGCAGUACCAGGAGGGGAUACUUCUCAAUGUGACUAGGAAUGGUUUUCCAGGAACGGUUUUCAAAUGUAAAUAAGUUUCUAAAGAAAAUGCUGUGAUGUCAAAUCCUGCAGCAUGGUUUUCUGUAUGCUGAGAAGCCUGGUAAAAUUUAACCAAAGUGCACAGUGUGUCCUGACAACCCAGAGCAACUGUAUCUAUUGCAGCUGACUCAAAAACGCAGAACUGAUAUGCUGUAGCUGACUGCAAGUUAAUGCGCCUCCUCGUUAGAAAUGUAUUGUGUAUUCAUUAAUAUUUAGCUUCCUACUUCUUUUGUUUAGCAGCUUUAGCUUUUGACAGGAAAUACUUUGUUCCACAGACUGAUGGAAAUGGAUUUUUUUGCUGAGUGGUAUUAACAAGUCUAUAUACUGUGGCCUUGAAGUCUCAUGUUAGGCCGAAACUCGUAUUAUAUAUGAUAGUUGAGAUUUAGAAAAGGUACCCAAAAAUUCCUGCCAACCACUCACAUCCAAAUCUGCAGAAGUGCAACAGAUUUCUUCUUGGUUGUAAUGCAGAUACCAUACAGCAUGAACCAAAACCAGCUGGGAGUGGAGAAAGCAUCUGGUGUGAUAAGACCUUGUGAUAACUAAGAAGAUGAUAGACCUAAUUCUUUAUUUUUAUAUCUUAUGUUUUCAGCUUUUUAAAUAAUCCUAUUUUAACUCUGAGCAAUCUUUAACUUUGGGAACUUUUACUGCAUCUGAAUUAUCUAAUUAAUGUAACUCCCCAAUGGCUUUAUUCUUUGUCAUUGUUCCAUCAUUAGAAUUUCUGCCUGAAACUGCUCCACUGCUGGGAACACGUUUGCCUCGUGUAAGCACUUAGAUGAUGAUGAGCUAACUUUAAUAUUGAUGCUUUGAGCAACGUGGAAGGGAAUUUCACACUGCAGGUUCACAGUCCAAUUUCAUAACUUGCCCCUUUUAAAUUACAAAUGUAUUAACACAGUGUUUUAUCUCUACUUUAAACAUCUUAAGAUGAACUUAACUGUAGUGCCAUCUAGAAGUCUGGUGCAGCUUCCUUGAUAUCCCAAUAUGUAAUUACCCAGCACAACCUGCAGGCAGUCUUAGCAGAAAAGCUUUAGCCAUGUUGCUUGCAUACAGGCACAGAUGACUUGUGAACUGACACAUCAAGGCAUGAAUAGGGCACUGGCAGAUCUUGCUAAGCUUAGUGAGGAGGGCUCAAAGGAACGAAGAUUACUUCUAGACUGCCAGUAUAAUUUUUUCCCCUCCAAUAUCGACUGCUUUCUUAAAAAAUCCUACCUUUUGUCUUUUGGAGAAUAAUUUCAAAAGCCAAGAAGGCACAUGGUGGGAGCUGAACUCCCAGCCUCUGCAUAUUAUAGCACUUGGAUUUUUAAGUAAUUCUACUAUGGUAUCUUGGUCUAGCUGGAUGUGAGGAAAAUGCAGAGCUCAGGCAGCAACUGAGCAGUUCCAGGCUCUGUUUCUCACCAAAGGUUGUAUCAGCUCAUGAACAUGAUUUAUGAUCCAGGAGGGGAGAGACAAAUUCAGACCUUCCUUGGUCUGGCAUCAGAUCUUCUAGUGACGUCACUGGAAAGUUUAGUUAAAAACCGAGAGUAAAAUCCCUGUGUAGCAAUUCAACAGUUGUUCAAUACAUUGUUACAGUCUUUGGGUGUAAUUCCGGAGGAAAUAAAUGCUGAGAACACGGUGCCUUUCACUGGUUUGUUUACAGUCCUGCCACCCUCUUUGUGUUUCUGCUCUUUCUCCUUGCUUACCUGCCCCUUUCCCAGGCACCUUCAGUGGUCACACUCUGAAUGAAUUGGGUAAAUCAUCACCUCAGUUUGAAGAGUAAAGCAUUCUAUGUAUGAGUGAUAUAUGAAAUGAUUAUUAUUUUUUUACCCUGUAGCAAGCCUCUGGACUCUCUUUAAACACCUUCACACAUUGCUAUUUUUAAGUUCUUUGCUCAGCAGGUCAGACUGCUUUAGUAUCUGCAAAUCUUCUUCAUAUCUCUGCAGCUGAGACCAGAAUCCUGCAUUGGGUUCUGCUACUGGCCGGGCAGUCUUCACAAUCUAGAAAGAAGGAACACUGUAGAAGCAAGGGAAGGUAUCGUGCAAACAGCUUUCUUCUUCUUACAUUUUGAGUAGAUUUCUUUGGAUUUCAUUUUGCAAUGGAAUAACAAACAGGUAUUUUGGUGAGCUGACCUCACUGUGCUUGCUAAAGCCUCCUGGCAUGCAGACCAUGUUACAGAAUUGAUUCAUGGGCAAGACAAGGCAUAAAUAGCAGCUGUUUGCUUUAUGUCCCUAGCUUCACUUAUCACGACUAAACAAACAACAUGGAAAAUGUUGACAAAACAGGCAACUUUGCAUAUUUGCUACCAGUGCUUAAGGCUCAUUUGCAUUUGUAAUUAUUUUUAUCUUAGAAACAUCACAUUGAAAGCUUAUUUGUCCAAGUGGUCACUGCUACCGUGGCCCAAAUCCAGGUGAAGUAAAAUUGCAGUGUCCUUCUUGCAGAGAAGAUUGUGUCAUUGCUGUCUAUGCUUAUUCAUAACAAAUCUUAUUGUAACAUACUCUACAUGCCUGAAAUAUUAUUUUUUUUAUAAAUAUGUAACUGUUAAUAAACAGACGAGACCACCAAAGUAA